AGUUCAUGAAUACCGCACUUGUUGCAUUCAUUGGACUUGAUAAAGGGUACAUGUAGUUAUUUUGAUCCAUAUUAAUGAAAUUGACUCCAUGUCUGAACAAAAUUUAUGGCUACAUAUUUAAUAAGGGACAACCCAGUCGUGCGCAUCAAACGCCAGCCUUUUGACACGUUUCCGUUUUAACUGGCCAAGGGCACUAGGACCCGAGGGCACAAGCCAGGGAAAACCAGUCCGACUGACUUGGCUAACAUGCGGGGAGCGCACCUGCCUUCACUGAUCACCAAGAGUUAACCGGCUAGCUACUGCAUUGCUCCGCGAAGUAUGACAAAUGGGACUUAAAGAGGGGAGUAACCGAGACCGACAGGUUGGAUGGAGUGUACACCACAGAUUUUUUUUUUUUGCCACUGUUGAAUGGGGGCAUUGAGCCCGUCACCUGGGACUGCGAGCUGUGACAUAAUUUGUAGUUGUAGUAGGCUAUGUUGUGGGGUUUUUACGCGGCUCGUUUGAACGGUUUAACGUUGGUGACAUUAGCUAGCUAACCGCUUUUACUAGAACGCACCGCGUGGACUAGAUAUUGCAGUAAGGAAAUCAGGCGCUUUCCUUGUUUUGAUAUAUAAACGGAGUGGUUUCAAUUAAUUAAAUUCGAGCCAUCCGUCUUACGUUAAUAUUACACAGGGCACUGUGUUCGUUUAGUUAAGUUUAUAGCUAGCUCGAUAUCGGCUAAUUAAAAAGUUACUUGGCUAGCUAGCUAAUCGCUUGUUAGUAACUUUUGCGAAGACACUGAAGUAUCUUUUCGAUAUCUCCGUUUUCCCAGUUGGAUGUGUUACUAAGACUAAGAAAUAUUUGGCUACAUUAUAAAUAUUCAACAAAUUGCAUAUAUGGCUAGACUAGAUUAACAUAUUUGGCACUAGCUAGUAUAGAGAGCGUUGUUAGCCUGUUUCGUAGUUGGCGUACGCCUUGUCUGUGUGAACGUCUAUGUUCACAAAUGUGCGGUUUGCAGACAUGGCAAUUUUAUCUGACUUGGAUCGAAGUACGGUUGUCUCGCUAACUACAAAAUGAACCAUUUGGCGACACUUAGCUGAAGGACUUUUGCUUUUUAAAUAACUGGAAAAUGACUAUGGCUGUUAAAUGCGAAGGAACCGAAAACGAUAUUUUUGAAUACCAACAGUAUCAACCAAGCCACAAGCCGGCUUCAAACCGGCCCAUUGUAGUUGUCAACCACAGCAGCAUUCACCCUCCGUUUGGCGUUGUUAUUACCACCGUAUUGUAUUGUGCCGAAUUCGUUAGCGCAGCGGUUCUCUGUAGUAUGUACCACAAGACCGACGACCAGUUCUGGUUGGGGCUGACCAUUACCUUCAUGCUAGUACCCUCGGUGCUGACUCAGCUGACGCUGACUUUUGUACAUCGGGACCUGGGAAGAGACCGGCCUCUUGUCCUUCUCUUACAUCUUCUACAAAUGGGACCGAUACUCAGGUGUGUGGAGGCUCUGAUGGUGUACUUCCAGGCCGGAAGGGAGGAGGAGCCGUACGUGACCAUCAGCAGGAAGAUCCGGCUGAGCAUGGGCGGGGGCACGCCCAUGGAGUGGGAGGUCAGCCACUCGGAGCGCAAGCUGGCGGCCCACCGCAACGCCUUCAAACGCACCGCCGUCAUCCAGGCCUUCCUGGGCUCCACCCCCCAGCUCACCCUGCAGCUCUACGCCACCAUCCAGGAGAAGUACAUGCCAUACACACGCGUUGUCCUGAUGGGCAUCACCCUGGUCUCCAUAACCUACGGGGCCCUGGUGUGCAGUGUGCUGGCCAUCCAGAUCAAGUACGACGACUACAAGGUGCGGCUGCGCCCGGCGGCGUACCUGUGCAUGGUGCUGUGGCGCGGGCUGGAGAUCGCCACGCGCGUGGCGGCCCUGGUGCUCUGCAGCACCGCGCUCACCUACUGGGUGGCCCCCGCCGUGCUGGGCAACCUGGCCUUCUUCCUGCUGCUCCCCUGGGCCGAGUUCUGGACCCGGAAGGCCUCGCUGCCCGAGAACCUGGAGAAGGACCUGAGCAAGGUGGGCACCACGGUGGUGCUGUGCCUGGUCACGCUGCUCUACGCCUGCAUCAACAUCUUCUGCUGGUCGGCGGUGGAGCUGAACCUGGCGCACCGCGACCUGAUCGAGAAGCGGCAGCGCUGGGGCCGGCUGGCGGCCUACUACAGCGUGCGGCUGGCCGAGAACAUCGUGCUGGUCGUCCUGUGGUACUUCUUCAGGUCGGACUACUACGAGCACGUGUGCGCGCCCAUGCUGGUGCUGCAGCUGAUCGUCUGCUACGCGCUGGCCAUGCUCUUCAUGCUGCUCUUCUACCAGUACUGCCACCCCUGCCGCCGCCUCUUCGGCCGCAACGUGGAGGACUGCCUGCGCUGCGUGUGCUGCCGCCCGGACGGCGCCGCCCAGCCCCACGCCGAGGUCUCCCUGACGCUCACGCCGCAGGUCCCGCCCCCCCCGGACCUCACCAGCCAGCUGGGGCUUGACCGCGAGACGGACAUUCUCGAUGAUAUCACGGAUGCCGCCUGAGCGGGUGGGGGGUGGGGGGGUGUGCGUGUUGGUCCACCUCCCUUUCAGGUUCGGGCAGUGUGUUCUAGGCUGUUCUGCGUCUUGUGUCGUGGCAACGGGGCAGCUGGCUAGCACUUCCCCUCAGACUUCCUGUUUACUGUCCUGAGAAUUCUUCGCUGUAUCCGUGAUUCGCCCCGGUCGGUAUUCAGGCUACGCUCUCAAGCAGGAGCCUCGAGGGAAGCCAGGUUGCAGUACUAACACCCGUGUGGUUUAAAAGGGAGAAUUGCUGCUUUGAUGAGUUUUUUUUUUGUGUGUCGAUUUUACAAAUAUUGACACCGUACGUGUGCUGUACUGCCUGUGGGACCACAGGAGACCAAAGAAUGUAUUUGUCUGUGUUGCGCUAUGACGCGUUGUACAAAGGAAGCCUUGAAGAAGAGGCAUUGCGACGGAGGCAGAGGUCCAGGUGUGUGGGACGCCUGCCAAGGGUCUUCAGAGUGGUGGAGUGAGUUAGACCGGUCCAGCCGGACAGCUCCACCCCCCUCUGAAUGGAUUUUGAGACAGACCUCUGACGUCCUUCCAGUAUUUUCCGCGUGCUUGACAAAUGGUCACCAGUCGGAGUCAACCUGCCUGCACCAUUCCUUCCAUUUGAGCCUAACCAACAAGGAAACUAUCUUUUGACAACAUGGAAUUGGACACUGCCUUCCUCAUAGUACUAGUCACUAGUCUGUCUACUCAAUUUUUCUGUAAUUGAGAAACUGCACAUUGUAGCAAAGCUGGUCUUGGCAGCUUGUGGCCGGCUGGCUAAGGAUAUCAACUGUUUGAGAAAGUGAUGUUCAGUAUGAGCUGAUAAAUAUGUUUGUGAUAACUUUUUUUAAAUUUUAUUAUUCACUGAGUACAUCGGAAAUGGUGAUUGUUGUUUUCACUUGCUUUACUUUGUAUGUUUACAUAAAAUGUUCAAAUGCUUGUUUGGAUCUAAAAAUAUUUUAUUUUUAUUACUUAAGAGGCUGUAUUUAUUGGAUUGUUUCUGCUGAUUUACAAAGAAGUGCCUAUUUAUUGGAAACUUGAAUCUUCAUUGUUAAAUCGUCUUGAAUAUGCUAAAAUAUUGUUUAAAAAAAUAAAAUUAUCAAAUGAG